AUGUUGGGUAUAGGUAAGUUCUCAAAAGUCAAGCCACUUCCAUCAAUUUCGGUCUCCAUCUCAAUUAGCUACCUGCCAUUUCAACCUCAAUCUCCACUAUCCUCGGCCUCAAUCGCAGUGUUUUCAAAUCUUGGAGUUCCUUUGACUAUGGGGACUCAAUCAAACCACCCGGCGGACAAACAAACAAAGUUCAAAUUCUACAUAGGAACCUCACGCCCUAAGAUUGUGCGCUAUCUUAAGGAUGCUUUGAACCUGCAAAAACGUGAUUCCAGAUCGAAGCUCCCAGGUUUUUGUGAGGAGAUGUUAUCUGUGGUGGACGGUGAUUCAUUGAGAUUAUCUGGUUUCGAAGGAAGGAACGGGGAAUUAGCCAGUCUUCAUACCAUAUUGAUUUUAACGAGUAGGGGCUAUGAACGUCGUACAUAUUUUAACAGAUGGAGAUACACAUAUACCACUGCUAUCACCUAUCACUCUGCUGGUAAUGGACGGAUUAAGGAGCUAAGGGUUUAUGUAGCAGAGACAAAUGUAGAUUCCAUUUACAUUCAUAUGUAUAUAUUGAUUCGACCACAAGCAUGGAUUGUAUUUUAUCAAUCGAAUCCAUACAAUAUGCAGCACUGGAUUAGGCGAAUGAAUCCAAGCAUUCAAGCCAGGGCCAGAGCCAAGAUACUGGCUACAUUUAUGCCCAUUCUUGAACAAGGAAACGCCAAUAGCUUCGAGCCAAGCCUAACCCAAACCGAGCCCAAGCGCAACCUAACCCAGGUCGAGUCCAAGAAACCUGGCGCCGAAACCUAA